GAAGUCAGGAGCCAGGAGCUUCUUCCAGGUCUCCCACACAGGUGCAGGGGCCCAACUACUCGGGCCAUCUUCUCCUGCUUUCCGAGGCCACAGCAGAGAGCUGGGUUGGAAGUGGAGCAGCCAGGACUCUAACCAGCGCCCAUACGGGAUGCUGGCCCUGCAGGCUUUAUCUGUUAUGCCAUAAUGCAAGCCCCGGUUGUUUAUUCUGUACCACUGUGGAGUGCGGUUGUAAAAAUGGGACAGUUACCAGAACAUGGUCCACUUUCCUCAGGGAAAGUCAUGUUGGAGACCAGCCCUCCUGAGCUUUAACGCAGGCACAACAGUGUCGGAAAGAUGAUGAUGGAGACACGAUUGUUGUUGAAAAGGACCAUUUUAUGGACGAUUUCUUCCAUCAGGUUGAAGAGAUUAGAAACAGCAUCGCAAAGAUAGCGCAGGACGUGGAGGCCGUGAAGAAGGACCACAGCAUCAUUCUUUCUGCUCCAAACCCCGAAGGAAAAAUAAAAGAAGAGCUUGAAGAUCUGAACAAAGAAAUCAAGAAAACUGCUAAUAAAAUUCGAGCCAAAUUAAAAUCCAUUGAACAAAGUUUUGAUCAGGAUGAGAGUGGGAACCGAACUUCUGUGGAUCUUCGGAUACGAAGAACCCAGCAUUCAGUGCUGUCUCGAAAGUUUGUGGAAGUCAUGACGGAGUAUAACGAAGCACAGACUCUGUUUCGGGAGCGCAGCAAAGGCCGUAUACAGCGUCAGCUGGAGAUAACUGGGAGGACUACGACCAGUGAGGAGCUGGAGGAGAUGCUGGAGAGCGGGAAGCCUUCCGUCUUCAUCUCCGACAUCAUUUCAGACUCACAGAUCACUAGACAAGCUCUCAAUGAGAUUGAGUCGCGCCACAAAGACAUCAUGAAGCUGGAGAGCAGCAUCCGGGAGCUGCACGAGAUGUUCAUGGACAUGGCCAUGUUCGUCGAGACACAGGGUGACAUGAUCAACAACAUAGAAAAAAACGUUAUGAAUGCUGCAGACUAUGUAGAACAUGCUAAAGAAGAAACUAAGAAAGCUAUCAAAUAUCACAGCAAAGCCAGAAGGCAACAACGUUGUCCUAGCAACCAUUCCCAAGAGCUGUCUAUCCCUGGAGACCAGACCACAUCAGCAACAAAAUCCACUUCUUGUCACUUGGUGAAGGCAUCGCGGCCGCCGCGACGUUGACACGGGCUCCUGUGUCAGCGGAGCACAGCAGGGCGUGGUGUUAGGAAAGCCCCAGGGCAGGCGGGUGCUCGGAGGGAGCCCCAGUGUCCUGGACUCCGAGCCACGCACCGCGGACGCCUACCAAUGUGAAACCUGUCUCAGUGGCCUUGAAAUAAGGAAUUAUUGAAAAUUUCAAUUUUUAAAAACAUUUCAGUGUUAAAAAUGUAAGUGAAGUUUGAUUAGGAGUACUUUAUGUUAUGAAGCUGUUAGAUUUCUGGUCUAAGGCUUUCUUUUCCGCCUCUCCCAGCUAAUAUGUGCUAAUGAUAUUUUUUGUACUGUGUUUAAUUUGUGUUUAGGUCUUGUUCGCAGAAAUAAUUUUUAUUAUCACAGAAUUGUUUUGUAAUAUAUCUGUAAUUUUGAGCAUUUAUAAAUGUUUAAUAUAUUAACGUCUUCAUUACCCUAUUUUCUAUGCUAAAUGUUGCCUUCUGAAUGAAGUAGGAGGCUUCGUGACACUAGCACCAUCGGUGCCCGUUUACAACUUGCCGUCGUCGCAGGAGCACCGGCUGCACGGCCUCAGAGCUCCUGCAGGUGCCUCUGUUGGUGCUGACUCACAGGUGCCCCAGAAAGCUCCGGAUGCUUGUAUUUAGCUCCGUGUCUCUGUCCCACCACCCGCGCUAAUAAACACCCAGUUACUGCUCUGGAAAGACAUGGCCUCUUCUUUGUUCAUGAUGACAGGCUGUGCUGCCCUGUGGGAGUCAAUGAUGCUGCGCUCAGGAGCGCGGCCGAUGAGAGUGCGUGCGCUCUCGGCUCCAGAAGGUUGUUGUAGACAUGGAGUGUUCUCCCAGGCCUACGCUCUGUACACAUCCCUCGGAUGCCCUUGGUGGGAGCCUCGUAUGUGGCUGGAGGGAGGAAGGUGAUCCCAGAGUUACGGGAAUCCAGAGUCAGACCUUGAUUGCUUGUUAAUGUUUCAGCGUAAGCGCAGGGCUUGUUCUCAGACUUGUACGGUGGGCAUCUGUGAAAAGAGGAACUGGUGAGGCUGUCAGUGACCACAUGAGAGGCACCCAGGAGGUAGCCGAGUCCUCUCGCUCCCGUGGGUGACUGUACCGCAGCGUCCUCCGGCUGGAGCUCAGCGCCGUGUGGUUGAUUCCAGAGAGAGUGAGCGCUCAGUGAACAGGCCAGAAGCCGUGGUCCCCACUCGUCCUGCCUCACACGUCCCAGUGUAUGUGUGCCUGGCAUCGGUGGCCUCAGGCACGUGGCCCCGGGCUCACCGUGGGGGGAACCCGGCUCUGACCCGGCCGGCAGGUGGGGAGUGCUCACUGCUUGUGCCUGCCUAGACGUGUCAGAUGUUUACAGAUCAUGCUUGUGUUGCUGUCCACACGAUUAUGUCCCGGGUAGCGGCUUCUGCGCUGGUUGGGUCGUCCCAUUCACGUCCCUCCGUGUCUUCAAGUUCAGGCUCGUCGCACCCUUCACGGGCUUCUUCGUAGACUUGAGGUGGUCCUGCACCUGUGUUUCACUGCUGAAGUCACAGAAAUGCUUCUUGAUUUAUGUGUAGAUACUGCUGUCACUUGUAGCUGACAUGUUUCUAUGUUGAAGCCUCAUGUACCAAUUUGAAACCAGAUUUUUAGCAAUAUAUUUACAGAUUUAUUUGUUACUUUUUUAUUGUUUCCUCAAAUAUUUCGUGUUUACAUUUAAAAACUUCCCAGAGAAGCAAAAAAGAAAUCCUUGCUUUCUACUUUGUCAUUUCUGGAAAGAUUUUGGGAACUUACUUUAUUGCAUAUCAGUUAAUAAAUUGUUCUAAGAAAAUUA